AUGGAUCAAUCAAUCCAGCGGCUGCUUAACGAUAAGCUAUACGAUAAACGAAAACAAGGAGCUCUUGAGUUAGAGAAAAUCGUCCGCGAUGCUGUCUUCCGAGGAGAGCACGAGAAAAUUGCCAGAAUCGUCGAGCAGCUCUGUCACGACUACGCUUACGCCGUACACCAACCUCAUGCCCGAAAUGGCGGUCUGAUCGGAUUGGCAGCUGCCUCCAUCGCCUUGGGAUCGGAAGGAGUGGCACCCUAUUUGAGAGAAAUCGUACCACCUGUCCUCGCUUGCUUCUCCGACCAAGAUGCGCGGGUUAGAUAUUACGCUUGCGAGAGCAUGUACAACAUCGCCAAGGUGGCCAAGGGAGAGAUACUUCUCUUCUUCAACGAUAUAUUCGACGCUCUGGCGAAGCUUGCUUCCGAUUCGGAGCUCUCAGUCAAGAACGGGGCAGAGUUACUCGACCGGCUAGUGAAGGAUAUCGUGGCUGAAUCAGCAGCUUCAUAUGUCUCGGUACUGCAGGUAUCUGAGAAGGAAGACCCGACCGAUCUCGAUGAUACCGAGCUCCCUACAGCAUUCUCUCUCGCAAGGUUCAUUCCUCUGCUCAAAGAGCGAAUCCACGUGAUCGGGCCAUACACUCGCAACUUCUUGGUUUCUUGGCUCACUUUGUUGGAUACGAUUCCUGAUCUGGAGUUGGUUACAUAUCUACCUGAAUUCCUGGAAGGAUUGGUUAAAUUCCUCGGGGGCCCAAACAAAGACGUCAAUGUUGCUACGCAAGGGCUCCUUGACCGAUUCCUAUCGGAGAUCAAAAGAAUCACAAGGCUGAAGAAAGGUAUCGAGGAGAGCCGCAAAGAUCAGGAGAGCCGCAGACGCUCCGUGACGAGUGACUCAAUGAGCUCUAGCGCCAAGACUGAGACCGAUGCUGCCGAUAAAAACGACAUUGCGGUGGAUGACUCCGAGUCCGGAUCUCUCUUUGAUGACGAAUUAAUACAAGUCGAUGGGGACUGGAUUCCAGGGCAGGACGUACAGAUUGACUACCCUAAGAUUCUGGAUAUCCUUGUCAGCUUUGUCGACACAUCAUACGACGAAGAAAUGCAACUUACUGCACUCAGAUGGAUCGACGCCUUCUUCGAAAUUAGCCCCGAGGACAUACUACCUUUUGUGCCACGGCUUUUAACCCAGGUGCUCCCGGCUAUGUCAAGCGGCUCGGAUCAAGUGCGGCAGGCAGCCAACCGUGUCAACAAAUCCCUUCUUGAAUACAUCUAUUCACUCUCCGAUGAUGCAGCGGAUGAUGCACCUCAGCCUCCAUCCAAGGUACCUUCCACCGCGCCUAGCAAGGAAAGCGUGGAACGAAAGCCUUCGGAAAUCUCAAGCAUCGAUGCCAGAAGAUCGACGACAGAGACUUCUAGAACUGCCACCCCUCGUAGUAGUAUUGUUUCUACCCCGGUGCCACCCGUUGAUCUCGACUAUGCUGCAGCUGUCAACUCACUUACCUUACAAUUUCUGAACGAGAAUGAAGCCACCCGAGUAGCUGCGCUCUCAUGGCUCAUUAUGUUACAUCGCAAGGCCCCGCGAAAGGUGGUUGCGUUUAAUGAUGGAACAUUCCCAGCCCUCUUGAAGACCCUUUCCGACCCUGCAGAAGCAGUUGUAACCAAAGACCUGCAGCUUCUAUCUCAAAUUUCGAGGAAUAGCGAGGACAACUACUUUGCAUCUUUCAUGGUCAACCUAUUGCAGCUCUUCUCCACCGACCGACAUCUGUUGGAGGUCCGUGGGAAUCUGAUUAUUCGACAACUGUGUCUUAAUCUAAGCCCCGAACGGAUUUAUCGGACGCUAGCCGAUUGUCUUGAGAAAGAAGAGGAUAUUGAGUUUGCUAGUAUCAUGGUGCAAAAUCUGAAUAACAAUCUCAUCACUGCUCCAGAGCUAUCAGACAUGCGAAAAAGAUUACGAAAUCUCGACUCAAAGGAGGGACAAAUGUUCUUUGUUGCUCUCUUCAGAUCCUGGUGCCAUAAUGCUGUCUCGACAUUUUCACUCUGCCUUCUCGCGCAAGCCUAUGAGCAGGCUUAUAAUCUCCUCCAGAUCUUCGCUGAGUUAGAAAUGACUGUCAAUAUGUUGAUUCAGAUCGACAAACUGGUGCAACUCCUCGAGUCACCAGUCUUCACAUGUACGCACCUUUCAUCCGAAACUAUGGCCAAUACUAACGAAAAAAUUCCACCAGAUCUUCGCCUCCAGCUUCUUGAGCCAGAAAAAUACCCAUAUCUGUACAAAUGUCUUUACGGCGUGCUCAUGCUCCUCCCCCAAAGCUCAGCAUUUGCCGCAUUGAAGAACCGCCUGAAUAGCGUUAGCAAUAUAGGAUUCCUCCACGCUGCACCCCGCAGCACCGCGCAAGCAGGGCCAUCAUCAUCAACGUACGACCGUCCCGGUGGCAGCCGCCUCAAAACCCGCGACGAGAACGGUAUCCGCUGGGUCGAGCUCCUCGACAAAUUCAAAUUUGUCCAAGAACGAACGCGCCGAGCCCAGGCCUCGCAACACCAGUCACUCGAUGCAACGGAUUCUCUACAUAACCCGUCCCUUACUGCCGCCCUCUCGGCCGCGACUGCAGAUCGUAGCAGAGAUCGGACCGGUCUUCCAGACAUCCCGCGAGGCAUGGUCGGAGGUUCUGGGGCCAUGAGUCCCGGCGUGGGAGUCGCAGGCCUAGGUGUGGCGGGUGGUAGUGGUGGAGGCCGUGCGCUUGAACCGAAAGUCAGCAAUUCGUCGUCUUUGCUCGGAUCAGGACAUAAGCAUAAGUCAAGUCUUCCGAACCUGGGCCGUUUAGGGAUCGGAAGUCGCAAGUCAAAGAAAUGA